UCGGUUUUGUGGUGAAAAGCGAAUAAAACCGCGCGCUUCUAUUUCGUUGCUUAAAUCCCGGCCUUUUUUUUACCCUUGUGUCACGCUUCGUUUUUCACUGAAAAUUAUCAAUUCUCCUUCAUUAAAUGCUGAGAAAUUUACUUCUUUUUCCAAACACACACACACACACUCUCUAUUGACAGUGAAAUUUGACUAUUUGUUAAAAGUGAAUCUUUGUUUUCUUCAUUAUCAAAACAUAGUUUGCAAAAUAUUGUGACUUCGAAUUUCGAUCGAUUUUUAUUCUUUUCCCUUUUUUCAAAAAUAAAGAUAGGAAGACUACGAGAUAUCGCUAGAAUAAUCGAGCAAUGAAAAUGCUGAAUAAAUAAUAUUGAAUUGACUGUGUACGAGUAAUUGAGUUGAUUUGUUGACACAAGAACGAAUAAAAGAGUAUGGGGGCGUUUUUGGAUACCCCGAAAACGGAAAAGUAUAAUGAAAAUGGAGCGGGAAAUGGGCUGCGAUAUGGCGUGGCCAGCAUGCAAGGUUGGCGACUGGAAAUGGAGGACGCUCACAGGGCCAUCACUGGCCUCGACGGCGGACUCACGGACUGGAGUUACUUCGCCGUGUUCGAUGGACACGCGGGUGCGCUCGUCUCCGCGCACAGCUCCGAGCACCUACUAGAAUGUAUAAUGCACACAGAGGAGUUUAAAGCUGAGAAUGUGAUAAAGGGAAUUCACUGUGGCUUUCUGCGACUCGACGAUGAGAUGCGAGACCUUCCAGAAAUGAGUUCUGGCAAUGACAAAUCGGGCUCGACCGCAGUCUGUGCCUUCAUCUCGCCGAGGAACGUCUACAUAGCGAAUUGCGGCGACUCCAGAGCGGUUCUUUGCAGCUCAGGCAAUCCGAUAUUCUCGACGCGAGACCACAAACCGGGACUGCCGGCGGAGAAGGAGAGAAUCCAAAAGGCUGGAGGGAGCGUCAUGAUCCAGAGAGUCAAUGGCUCUUUGGCAGUGUCGCGGGCCCUCGGCGACUACGAGUACAAAAAUGUCGAGGGGCGCGGACCGUGCGAGCAGCUGGUGUCGCCUGAGCCGGAAAUCUUCGUCCUCGACCGACAGGACGAGAAUGACCAGUUCCUAGUCCUGGCUUGUGACGGAAUCUGGGACGUCAUGACCAAUGAGGACCUCUGCAAUUUUAUACACUCGAGGCUCCUAAUCACCGACGACUUGGAGGCCGUCACCAAUCAAGUCAUAGACACAUGUUUAUACAAGGGCAGCCGAGACAAUAUGAGUAUAGUGCUGGUAACCUUCCCUGGAGCGCCGAAGCCGAGCCCUGAAGCGCAGAAAAAAGAGGCUGAACUCGAAACGGCAAUCGAAAGGAAGAUUAAAGAAAUCGUCGAGGAACAAGAAGGCAAAGAGAACUUCGACUUUCUUCAGCUACUACAAUUUCUCAUGGACGAGGAACUACCGAAUCUGCCACCUGGUGGAGGACUUGCUGCAAAGCAAACGCUUAUUGAACGUGUAUUUCGAGAAGUUUGUCCUCGCAAAGCAGACAGCGUAAGUUUUGGAUACGAUUAUCCUUCGUUAUAAGCUAACUCGUGACUUUUUAUUAUACGUUUAUAUAUAUAUAUAAAUAUAUCAAUGAAAAUAUACAUAAACAUAUAAAUUAAAAAUCCGUGCAUAAAAUGUACAACUACAAUAUCAUCAGUUGCAUACCAUUCAUAGAUUACAUGUCGUUUGUAAAUCAAAUUUUUACAAUAGUUAUGCCUCCUUCUUGACAUUAUCUUUUGUAAAAUUAUUCUUUACAAAUCCAUGUCUGCUAGUUUAAGAAGAAAAGAAAGAGAAAUGGAUUAAAAAAAUUAUACCAAAAUGUUACUUAAUAAUAAUAGUAAUAAUAAUUAAGUUACAGUAAAAACAUUUUUCGAAAAUGCUCCGAGAUAUUUUCAAUACAAUUAUUUCAUCUGAAGAAAAAUGCAGACAUGAACUUUUAUUUCAAUCUGCUGUAAGAAAAAUAUUCUUGAAAAAUAUUCUCGAAAAAAUAUUCUCGAAAUAUAUUCUCGAAUGAAAGACAAGUCAUAGAAAAAGAAUUAUCGAAAGUCCACAUAAAUAUCGUAUUUAAUCGUUAUACGUAUAAGUUUUUUGAGAAUUUUUUUACAAGUGCAUUGCGGAAAUUGAUUCGAUGUUCAAUGAAAGAAUAUUUAUCUGCCCAUGCACUAUCAAUAUAAUUAUAUAAAUACUUUGAUCAUUUCACGUUAAUUUUGACGACAGUACAAUUAUAAAUAAAUCAUAAAUAUUAUAAUAUAAAGCAAUUUAUCACGAG